AUGGAAUUUGACGAAGCAGAGUUGCCUGCAGAUCCUGAGCUUCGUCCUCCUAUGUCAACUUAUCAUCCAAAUGUUCGGGAAAGUAUAUGCAGAGCUUAUCUUCUGCAAGGCCCUUGUCAGCCUCGUAAUUGUGACUUUCAGCCCAACCAUCAAAAGCGAAAGUUUAAUCCAAAAUGGUUUGAUGAGUAUAAGAAUUGGUUGGAGUACAGUCCAAGCAAACAUAGAGCAUAUUGUCAAUAUUGCUACCUUUUCAGGGCAGAACAUACUGACAGAUUUGUUACAGAGGCAUUUGUAUCUGAUGGGUUUAACAAUUGGAAAGAGAAGAAGAGAUUUGAUUUACAUAUUGGGGGCCCUAACAGUCAUCAUAAUGUAGCACGAAUGAAGUGUACAAGCCUAAUGCAGCAAAAAAAGCAUACCAGUACAAUGCUUCAGAAGCAAAGUGACCAACAGAAGAAUGAAUAUCAAACUCGUCUUUGGGCAACUGUCAAUGUAAUAAGAAUAUUGUUAAGGCAAGGAUUACCAUUUCGAGGGCAUGAUGAAAGUGAACCCUCUUUCAAUAGAGGAAAUUUUAUCGAGAUAUUGAAACCAUUUGCAAAGAUCAAUAGCCAAAUUGAUAAAGUUGUAUUGAAGAAUGCUCCAGAGAAUAACAAGCUCACAUCUCCCGAUAUACAAAAAGAUAUUACAAGAGCUUGUGCAAUAGAAACUGCAAAUGUUAUUAUGAAGGAGCUUGGAGGUACUUUUUUUUCUAUAUUGCUUGAUGAUUCUCGAGAUGUAUCAACUAAAGAACAAAUGGCUAUUGUAUUACAAUUUGUUAAUGAAAAGGGUCAAGUAGUUGAGCAAUUUCUUGCCCUUGUACAUGUUCUUGAAACAAGUGUCGUAUCAUUAAAAGCAGCAGUAGAAGAAACAUUUUGCAAGUAUGGAUUGAGCAUAGCAAGCUUACGUGGACAAGGUUAUAAUGGAGCAAGCAAUAUGAAAGGAGCAUUUAAUGGACUGAAGACUCUUAUAUUAAAUGAUAAUGAGUCUGCAUAUUAUAUUCAUUGUUUUGCACAUCAACUCCAAUUGGCACUAGUUGUUGUUGCUGAACAUCAUCUUGUAACUGGGUUAUUUUUUGAAAUAUUAUCCAGAUUGUCAAAUUUUUUCUCUACUUCUUGCAAAAGGUCUGAGCUUAUUCGGGAAGCAGAAUGCAUGAGAAUUGCUGAAGCACUUGAGUUAAGUGAACUUCAAACAGGACGAGGAUUAAAUCAAGAGAUGAGUCUCAAACGACCUAGUGAUACUCGCUGGAGUUCUCACUAUGAUGCCUCAGUCAAUUUAGUCAACAUGUAUCCCUCUGUGAUUAAGGCAUUAGAUUUUAUUGCAAAAAAUAUAAGUAAAGGAAAAUGGGAGGCACUUGAAUUGAUACGUUCCUUGCGAAAUUUUGAAUUUAUAUUUGGCUUACAUUUGAUGUAUAAAGUUUUGGGGAUAACUGACACGCUUUCAUAA